AUGGCUGAUGAACCAAAUGUGAUCAAGGAAGAAGUGAAGGAUGAGCAAGAUAUUCUUCGUAAGGUCUUUAAUAUUCUGCGUGAAAAUAGUCCGGAGCUUGUUGGAGUUUGCCUUCUUACAGUUAUAAGGCCACCACAAAUUCUUUUUGAAGGGACAGACAAAACAGUCUUUGUCAACUUUAUGGACUAUUGCAAGACGAUGAAUCGACAACCAAAUCAUGUUAGAGCUUUCUUGUGUGCUGACAUGAGCGCUAGGGGUACAAUAGAUAUGCAGCAAAGGUUGGUCGUUAAUAGGAGAGUUAAACCCAAGCGAUUUAAAGGCAAUAUACUACGAUAUAUCACUGAGUACGUCAUGUGUUGUGGUUGCAAGAGCACAGACACAAUUCUUUCGAAGGAGAAUCGUAUCUUCUUUUUGAUAUGUGAAAAGCCUACGCUCUUUCUUGUCUUGCACUUGUUACCAUGA